AUGAAAUUGAUCUUUGAGCAGCAGCUGGCUGAGUGCAGAAGCCAGGGUCGCAGAAAUCAGAAGCAAGGCUUUCUUAUGCGCCUGCAUAUCUCCAUGGUCGAGGGAUGGGUAGAGCCUCUUGAAAUUGUCGACCCAAAAGACAAGGCCUCUUUCUUUGGAUGGAAAGGUUUCACCGUUAUCCCUCGACAUUCUGAGAAUUUCAAGAAAAGGAUUCUUCAACUCUUUCUAGAUGAGAAGGCAGGAGGGAAUGCCAAAGUACCCAAGCAAACUGUGCAUAACAUGUUUCGCAAUACGAAGUUGAUUCCUAAGAGAGGAGGCUGGGAUCUGGCUUUCAAAGGAGAGACCAGUUUCAAGUUCAAAAAGAGGACAAACCCAAGCAGAGAAAACGAAAGCAACACAGACGACCAGGACGAUAAAUAG